UGGCCUGGUCCUCGUGUCCCUCAUUCAGGCCUAUUUAUUGAGCGCUUCCUGGGUGCAGGGCGCUGUACUGAGCGCUUGGGAGGACCAAGUCGGCAGCACAUAAAGUCCCUCCUUUCCUUGGCGAUGCCGAAGGCGAAGUCGGCGACGAGAGGCCGCCGAGCCGAGCGGCAAGAGCAGAGGACCGGACUGAUGUUCAACACUGGGAUCGGUCAGCACAUCCUGAAGAACCCCCUGGUAGUGAACAGCAUCAUCGAGAAGGCGGCCCUCAGGCCUACGGAUGUGGUCCUGGAAGUCGGUCCCGGGACCGGGAACAUGACCGUAAAGCUGUUAGAGAAGGCCAAAAAGGUCGUGGCCUGUGAACUGGACCCCAGGCUGGUGGCGGAGCUGCACAAGAGAGUCCAGGGCACGCCGGUGGCCGGUAAGCUCCAGGUCCUGGUGGGCAACGUAUUGAAAACGGAGUUGCCGUUCUUCGACGCGUGCGUGGCCAACUUGCCAUUUCAGAUUUCCUCCCCGUUUGUCUUCAAGCUGCUGCUCCAUCGACCUUUCUUCAGGUGUGCGGUGCUUAUGUUCCAGAGGGAGUUUGCCCUGCGCUUGGUGGCCAAGCCGGGAGAGAAGCUGUACUGCCGGCUGUCCGUCAACACGCAGCUGCUGGCCCGCGUUGACCACCUGAUGAAGGUCGGGAAGAACAAUUUCAAGCCUCCCCCCAAGGUGGAAUCCAGCGUGGUCCGGAUUGAGCCCAAGAACCCGCCACCUCCGAUCAAUUUCCGGGAAUGGGAUGGCCUGGUAAGGAUAACCUUCGUCAGGAAAAACAAAACGCUGGCCGCGGCGUUCAAGUCCAGUGCCGUGCAACAACUGUUGGAGAAAAAUUACCGCAUUCACUGUUCGGUGCACAACAUAGCCAUCCCAGAUGACUUCAGCAUCGCCGAGAAGAUUCAGAAGAUCCUCACCGACAUCAGCUUCAGCGACAAGCGCGCUCGCACGAUGGAUAUCGACGACUUCAUCAGGUUGCUUCAUGCCUUCAACGCGGAAGGAAUCCAUUUUUCGUAGCGUCCUGGAACCUGCCUGGCUGGGGAACUGUUGCGGACGCUGAAGGUUUGCUGCUGAGAGAACGGGGUGCUGCUAAAAGUCUCCGCCCAGGGGCUGUAGCAACUGUGACCCACUAAAGGGUCAGGGCUGCUCGUUUUCCAGGCCCAAGCCCCUGGGCCAGAACAGCCAGCUCUGCCAAACCUCCCAUCUCCCCCCCGCCCCUCCCACAACCACCUUGUAAAGUAAAUUCGCAGCUGGAGUUACAUUUCAUUAUUGUAAUUUAUUAAACACAUUGCCAGAUCUA